CUUUUAGACAUUUACACAGCACCAUCACCUGGCGCAUAACUACCUCUAUACGUACGGUGUUCUAUGAUUGCAUGCGAUUGCAGUUCCGUGGCUUUAUAGUGCCGCUCGCGCGACGACUCGGUGUCGGACGCAACCAUGGCAGUAACCCCCAAGCGCAAGCGCGGCGCUGUGUCGUACAAGGAGCCAAGCAGCGAUGAGGACCUGUCUGAGAGCCCGGGGUAUGAGCAAUCAUACAGAAGGAAGCGAGUAGCACCCUCUCGACGAUCUGCGAGGCACCAAGCCAACGAUGACGGCUCGAAUCGGCAGACGACACACGAACCGUCUCCUGCGCCCGAAUCCUCGAGGAAGAAACGUGUCGAGCCACGAACUAGGCGACAUCGUAAGGUGUCUUACAAAGAUAUAAGCUCAGACGAGGAAGACGAUCCUGAUGCAGACUUCGAAGUUCAUGAAGAGCAUAGCCGUCACCCGCGAUCGCAGGUGAGUGGUAGGACCGGGGAGAAGUCCCGUUCGAAGCAAAAGAUGGUUUUGGGACGAAGACGGAAGCCCAACCAGGCAACAGACGCUGUACCUGAGGCUACCUCGAUUCCUUCUGACGGCAACAUGCCAGCGUGGCAGUCCUUGCCAUACCAUGUUCUCCUCCAGAUUUUCGUGUAUGCAUCACAUCCGUUACAUGAUGAGAACAUGAAGUCUACGGCGUCAAUCUCGUGGCUGGUCCAGUUGGCGCGCAUGUGCACGACGUUCACAAAACCAGCCUUGACGGCUCUAUAUCGCAACCCACCCAUCUUUGCCAUGAAACAAACUCGUAGAGAUCUCGUCCAUCACCUUAUACAACCACCCAGCGGGGCGCAUGAAGAUUUCCAAGUGAUGCCAAAACGGUUGACCUUGGACGCAACUCAGAUGUCUACAUUGACAGACCCAACGCACAGCACUGCUGAUCUGGUAGCACUCGUCAAAUCUUUGACUACCCUACGCGAGAUUGACAUCUUUGACCCCAUCGACAGGCCGCCUUUUCGCGACAGGCUACGCCGAGUUCGCCGGUGGGUGCUACCUGAUGAACUUUUUGCGGCGCUGCGCGAAACUCAGUUGCGACUCCGGAGCUGGAGAUGGAGCAGUGCAUUCUGCCCGCGUGGCCCUUUGUGGAUGAAGAGCAUACAUGCGGAUGCGGCCUUUCAGAGCCUGCGUGAGCUUGCACUAGUCAAGUACCAUCCUGAGCCUUCCCGCGAAGAGGAAAACGAGGAUGACGGUAAUAUGGAACCUACCAUGGAAGAACUCAUUGGAUCUGCAUUGGCUGUUCUCCCCAACCUGAGGUCGCUGAGCUUCGAGACGUGCGGUAUCGUCAGAGGCCGUCUACUACCACUUCUACCAACAAAUCUUGUUAGCUUGAGUAUCAUCAAUUGCGGAGAACUACUCUCUGAUGCCUUCUCAAGCUAUUUGAUAUCCCAUGGUGCCCAUCUGGAGGAGCUUAUACUGCAUCACAAUCAGGCGCUUGAUUUAUCAUUCCUCGUCGACUUGAAACAGUCGUGCCCGAAGCUAGAGAUUUUACGCAUGGAUACGACGUAUUAUAGCUCACUUGUCAUGUCGUCUGACAACGAGCCUCUAUAUGAGUCCCUGCUCGGCGAGCAUGAGGUCCCCACUUGGCCGUCGACAUUGCGUAUUCUGGACAUGCAAUAUUUGCGCAAAUGGGAUUCGACAGCAGCUAGCAACUUCUUCAAAUCCUUGAUAGACGCAGCGGAAGAGCUACCAAAUCUGCAGGAUCUGACUAUCAUUGCCAUGGUCGAUACUGAUUGGCGACAACGCGCGGAGUUCAGGAUGAAAUGGAGCGCUACCUUCCAGGCUGUGUUUGCCAGAAAAUGGGAGCCUCCUAGCCCUCACCUGGCGUCUCUCAAAGCCUUCAGGCUAUGGAAAGAGAAGCAGGCCAACUCUACCAAACAAGCGCAACAAGUCGAGCAGGAGGAAAAAAUCGACUCUUUCAUCGAAGGCGUUUCAGAGGUGUCAGCAAAUGCUCAGGCCGCCGGAGAAAGCGAGAGCGAUGUGCCGCUUUUGUCAAGACGCAAGAAGCAGGUCGAGCAAUGGGGCUCGACACGCCUUCGUUCACGAGCCAAGGCCAACGCGGGCUACGACGAGGAGUCGGAAGAAUCAGAGUCUGAACAGGAGGAUGACGACGAAGCACAGCCAUCGUUCGUGCAAGGCCGCUGCCACACGAUCGUCUUCCGCAUCGAUAAUUUCCGGCCACGAGAAGAGAUAUUCGCUGAAGCCGACUUUCUCGACGCGGAGCCUAGUGACGAUGACGAAUGGAACGGUAAUGACGAAGCAGGCGAAGAAGGCGGGUAUGCUUGGUAGGCGGAUAUGCUUGGCAGCGAUGCAAUGGCGAUGGGCAUUGGCAUGUUUCACGGAUCAAGUUAUCGGGACAUUUGGGACACAGGGCAUCGGGCUGGCGUUGGAUGAUUUUUGGAUGAAGUACCCUGACAUUUGCAUGACCAUUGGGUCUGGGUUAGGCACUGGCGUCGGGCAGCUAUGGUCCCCAAAGUGCAGGCAGCAUAGAAGGCUGAGUAUAUUACAAUUCACGGACCAUUGUCAUAGGCCGGACGUUCGACUGUGACGGGUGUUUGGCCAGAAGCGUGGCUUUGCAGGCCUUUGCUGUUCCAACGAAGCUGAAGCUUCGGGGCGGAGCCAAACC